CUAGGCGCGGUUAUAAUUUCAUGCGUGAGACAUGAUCGUGAUAUCAUGACAUAGAUAUUGUUCAUAGAUUUUUCUGUCUUCCUCUACCCCUUCAACGGCAUUUUUAUACUUAGUGUACACUUAAAGGCAUUCCAGUACCUUCGAACUACAAGAUGCCAGAGGGUGCGGGGAGCCCUCGAAGCGAUGCUUCCCACCAUGUUGGGCCUCACAACAAAAAGAUCGGGACGGCUCGCGAAGCUUUCACGCUUUCAGUUAAGGAAAGGUUGCUCUCUUAGAUAGAAGAACGUUGUAAAAUUAUUUCUUCUCUAAUCCGCCAGGACUCAGGAUAUGUGGGGUAAGGUGGCUCGUCUUUGCGCCAGAUAUUGUUGGCCGCUGGAUGGAAGAGUGCUGCUUUCAAGGUGUACAUGGACAUGGGGGAGCUUUGCUUCCUCGGGUCGCUCUUUUUUGGUGAUCUCUACUCUUGUACUGAUUACCCGCCCGCCCUUUGCCCUGGUCUCGUUGCGCCGCUUCCUUGUGUCGUGGCCAGCGAGAUGUGCGCCCACCACGGCAACUGAGGGCCGGCCCGGAGAACUUCAUACUAUCUUUUUGUCACUCUUCCUCUAAUCCCCAACUGUUCGAUCGGCGGGCCAGGACUCAGGAUAUGUGGGGUAAGGAGCCGAUGUUCUAUAAACGAAAAUUCGAUGAAGGCCUAGGCUCGAACACCCUCGUCCACAAGCAGUCGGGAUUGCAGUUAUGAGAGAUUGAUUCUUGUAGUUUUUUCGGAAAUUUUCUUAGUCCAGCUUGUUGUAGUUUACUAGCACAGUUGUACUUAUAGCUAAGCAUCAGAAUAAAGCCGCUUUGUGAAGAUUUCAAAUAAUAGGCACGGUAACUCUGGUAGUACAAGUACACAGCACUGCUGGAAGAUUGAAUUAAUCUAGCAACGAAAGCACGUGGAAAAGUGUAGAGGCAAGAAGAAAGAAAUGUUAUUAACACUUGAAGAAGAAGUGGGAAGGACUUACUUACUAAAUAUUCCUCAAUACCCCUCGAAUGGGUACACUACUACUAAUCCUACUACUACUGAAGAACGGCAACCUUCUUCGUUUUUCUAAGUCACGUGUUGAGAAUAUUCGCGGAUAUAGUGAAUCGCACCGAUAAGCGGUUUCCACCAGAAGGGAGGGACAAUGUCUGUGUCUUCCUCUGGACAAAGAGGAGUGAAGUGCCAAAAUUGCUCAAAGUAGGCCAAAACAAGCAAUUGUGGCCUGAUGUCUUGCGGAAAGAAUGCAGUGUGUGGGAAGAAGAGGUAACAAGUAUCUAGAUACUCUAAUUUCAAGUGUCGAUCUAGUUUUUCUUGUGUCGCUGAUGCUAUGGAGAGAAUCACCGUAUCUAUCAUGAUAAACAGGUUUCUCAGCAUCACCAUUCCUUGCACGAGGCUAGUACGGCAACUCGAACCUCAGCGACGACGCGGACAAGCGCCAGCAGCGUCUCCAUGGGUUCUUUAGGUGCAGUGGCAGAAGAGUUGGGCCCGAUAACACGAGUCUUUCUGGGCAAUUUCACUACUCUAGAGGUCGAAGACUUUCACCAAAUGGCGGAGAAGAAUGGCGUCAGACCUUUCAACGACAAAGAGGGCUAUGCGCAUGCAAGUACUAUAAUUUGUGUCUGAUAAAAAUUUAUCACGUUGAUCUGAGUAAAUUGGUUUGACCAACACAGUCACACGUGUAAGAAAAAGGAGGUCCACUUGUGAAUGUACAUCACAGCUAAAGUCCACCUAGUGGAAAUGCUGACUGGGAGGCCAUUCCGGGACUGUCUUCGUGACGGAACUGUAGAGAGUUUUGAGGUCGGGGUGCCGAUAUACGUGCCCUUCUCCUUUCUCGCGCAAUGCAGGGAUGCGUAUGGUUAGGGCUAAAUUAAAUUAGCAAGCCUGAAGUUGCAGAUAUUAUUAGCGGUCGUUGUAAAAAUAGGAGUGUCUCAUAGUAUGUAAGCCGAGAUGAACUUCUUGAUGCGUCCAGACAUAGAAUACGCACACCAAUCAAUCAGGCAAUCAACCAAUAAUUCAGUCACUCUCACUCAUCUUCUAACAUCUCGCCAGUCAGUUCCCAGUGAUGGUCAGCGUUUGUCUCGCGGAUUAUUCACGAGAGACAGUGACCUUUUGGAAUGAUCGACUAGUUGACGCCUGUGCAGCAGGCGAUCCGGCAAGAGUAGAGUUAUGUCGUUGAAGGAUCUACUUGGCUCAGAAUUCUUGGCAGAUUUAACACGCUGUAAUCACGGAGAGGAGUUUCUAUCCCCCAACUGUGAGCAUUUUCUACUGAAGCAGACGAUACCGCCUUCUUGAAAAACUGUCUUCGUGAAAAGAAUUCACGCUGUAAGCCUUACAUAACAAAUAAACUAUCUACUGCACCUCCUUCCACAUCCACACACCUCUAACAUCCGAGUGUUUCGCGAAUGGCGCAGGAAUCAACCAUCAAGAUGUCAAAGGAUGGACGCCACUUCAUGUCGUAGCCAAUAUGCUGCAUGACAGAGCGUUCAGGGAGAAAAAUAGGAAGAAACAAGUCCUCGACAUCUUGUUGAAAAGAAAGCCGAAUGUACUUCGUUACAAAUUGUUUUUUUUUGGUCACCGUUACAAUUGGUUUAGCAGUAGACCUCUCCACAAUAAAAAAGCCGAGGCAUAAUAAAUUUGCUUGUCGAAUUUAAUUUGCAGGGCACGUCAUUCUCUCUCUACAGUAUUUUGAUUUUCUCUCUACAGUUUUUAGAUGAUUAUGAAGCUCUGUGUCGUCCACUCUACACACAGAUGCACAUUCGAACCUUGAGAGGCGACUUGGCUGUUGAUUUGGCGGAAGCGAGGGGGUUUGAACUCUGCGCAGAAGUGUUACGAGCAGAGAACCUGAUACGUAUCGGCAAAGAAACACCACCGGAGAUGAAGCAGGAUCCACCUUUGAAGCGAGCACUUCGGGAUGCGCUGUUGUUUUAAUGCAUUGAAGACAAUCAUUUCAUGUCAUAUCUGUGAAUUCAAAAGUAUAAUUUCAGUUUGGAACAAAAAGUUCAACGAUCAUCUUCGUGCGGUGGUGCUUUUGUUUCUUGUAUUUCAUCUUUGAGCUUGAUUUUCAUAUGCUAUUAAAUGUAAAUGUGAACAGACUGAAUAUUCGAGCAGCACUGGCUUCCACCUCAUAUUUCUAACUCGGGAAUUACAUGCGUAUCAAAAGGAUCUAGAUAUUAAAACUCUUUUCAUUAGAUACAUGCUGGCAGUUGUUGCAUUAUCAACUAAAUGUUAGGGACACCUCGCGCACCAUUGGCUGGCACAGCUACAAUGGGCAAUUGCUUGAGAGAGGAUGUCAAUUAAUCUUCUGAACUUGCUGUGAAGAAGGCUUUGUUUGCACAGUAAAGGACAGUUGCUUUCUUCCGUGUGUGAAAGUGUCUGAUCAAAUUCUGUGCUACAUCAGAGAAGUAACCGCCUCGCUAUGCCAGUUCAAUAUGUUCCCACGGAUGGGACUGGCACAAUGGCGUUGCACAAUAAGUGGUCGAUGAGCUAAUAAUAGAACAGGAUCAUGAAGCAAUAUCACGAAGAAACGGUUUCGAGUUUCAUUCCAAAGAUGAUUCGCAGUUGAACCUGCUGUUGGGUGCAUUACAUGCAGCCUCUUUUUCAGCAGGAGAGUGCAACUCCAUGAUGUCCUAGUAGAAGCGACUUCUCCCUCGUCUAGA